AUGUCAUCCAGCAUGUCCGAAAAGUAUGAGCAAUGUCUCAAGUACAUCUCCAGCAACAUCGGAAAUUAUACGAAACCAGAACUUUUUAAACUUUGGGUGUGGGAUGCCGUGGAGAACGUGGCCGAUUUGAAGGAUGUGACCAAGAUCUCGAAGAAUUUCUAUGAACUCGUCAACGUGGAACUUAGAAAAAUCGAAAAGAGUGAUGAUUAUAGCUUGAAGGAAAAACUGCAGAUGGUGUUCAUUUUCAGCCGCGCAGUUAGCAAUGACUUUGUGAAAAGAUUGACUGACAACGGCUACAAUGUCACGCUCAACAAGAAGAAUGUGAUAACUUUCGUCGAGUCCAGCGACAAAACGUUUUGCCGUUUGAGCUUUCACGCACAGAAUAAUGGGCGAUUCAAAGGCCAACCAGUUACUAGUCGCCGACAGCCGACAGCGCCCAUUCAUCCGAACUCUUCAGCCAAUCCACCGGUGCCGCUUCCAUCAUCCCAAGGACCAGGAUCUGGACGCAGCUCAAGCAAGAGAGCUCAAGCAAGAACAACACCAGCGGCCGACUCGAAAAGGAGCAAGCCAACAACUGCAACAUCUCCGAACGCAUCGUCGUCUCCAUACCGCACUCCUUCUCCUCCAAGGAUGCUCCCAAUGACCCACCGUUCUGCUGAUUCUGCCACUCAGACCAUUACCAUUCCACCUCGUGCAAUGGUAGACGCAGCCACGAUGACUGAAGAAACAACUAUCGAAGAAAAACUCAUCGAAAGUCGUGCAUUGUUAGAUUGUGCCUGGUUUUUCGCUCGUCAAUUUCGCAUUGCAAACGAAGACCUGGACUUGUUCGCGUACAUAGACUCUGUUUCGAAGGGCCAUCAAAAGGUGGCAGCGUACGAAUGCGACGACUUGAUUUCGACUGCGAUCUUGUUCGUCAAAGCCGCAAUGGAACCCGCCAAUAACGAUUUCAGCUACUACCCGUUUCGAAAAUUCCUCCGGGAUUUCUAUAUAGAUUUAGUCGAGCCCCUACAUAAAGAAAAUGGGUAUCUUCUUGAAAAAUCGAUGAAACUCAUCGUCAAGGAAGUUCAGACACACGGUGAAAGUACAGAUGUGGUUAGCAGAGACAUAAUCUGUUCUGCCUUGAAAACGCUUCUGGAUUCAGUCACCGACAAUUCUCCCCGACUUCUAUCAGCUUACGGAAAAGGAUCUGGACGUAGCUCAAUCAAAUUACGAAACGAAAAAGAUGUCUCUCCAACGACCGCCGACUCGAAACGGAGCAAGCCAGCCACUGACUCCAAAACUGAUGCAGUGAUGAAUGAAGAUGAUACCAUUGAGAUCUACCCGGCUCCAAUCCCAUUCAUGCUGUUGCCCACUGAACCGGGCAUGGUCAAGAUCAUGAGAAUAACAGAUGUCGUCUGGAACUUUGCAUCCGAAUGCAAAAUUAAUGCCAGUGAAAUUGAUAUAGUUAAACACAGAAACAACUUGAGCGGCCAUGAACUACUGACUGCUUCUGAAUGUAAUGAUUUUAUUGUGAAUGCAAUCACGGCUAUCAGAGGAAAAGGGGAACCCGCGACUUCUUUCCACUCGGGUGCCAACUUCCUUCCACUCGUCAAAUGUCUCCGUGAUUUCACGGAAUGCUUCAUUAAGCCACUUGAUGAAAUCCAUGGGAAUAUUCUUGGUGACUCGCUGGAUUAUAUGAACGAGCAGCUUUCGGAACUCGGAGAUCUAAUUCAUACAAAUGUGGUUCCCAGAAAGGAGAUUCGUUCUAUUUUGGUGAGGAUUCUGGAGACAGUCACCCCCAAAGAGUUUCAGGAACCAGUUUUGGCUGACAAAUCUCAUGAAAUGUGA